GAACCUCUGGACAUCACGACGUCAUGAUGGUUUCCGCGAAGGCGCUUAUAGCUUUUGGGCUGCCGUUCUUCGAACACUAAUUUCUUCCUUACCAAGUGAAUCAAAAGAUUUUUUAAAUAAUAAUG